AUGGCAAAUGCUUUAGAAACAAUAAGUGGGCAAGCCUUUGGCGCGAAGCAAUAUGAAAAGCUGGGGACUCAAACACACACCGCCAUAUUCAGUCUCAUCAUCGUUUGUUUUCCUAUCUCCAUCUUGUGGACGUACAUGGGGAGCAUACUCUUAUUCAUCGGCCACGACCCUGAGAUAUCACGUGAGGCCGGAAGGUUCACUACAUGGCUUGUCCCGACCCUAUUCGGAUAUGCCACCCUACAACCCCUCAUACGCUACUAUCAGAUGCAGAGCUUGGUUUUUCCGAUUCUCGCGAGCUCCACCUUCACUCUUUGUGUUCACGUUCCCAUCUGUUGGGCGCUUGUUUACAAGACAAGAUUGGGGAAUCUCGGAGGUUCAGUUGCCAUGGGGAUCACGGUGUGGCUCAACGUCUUCAUUUUGAGCUUCUACAUGAUAUUCUCCCCUAAAUGCGCAAAAACACGAGCACCCAUUUCCAUGAAGAUAUUUGGAGGGGUGAGGGAGUUUUUCAGAUUCGCUCUUCCUUCUGCCAUUAUGAUUUGUCUCGAAUGGUGGUCGUUUGAGCUGGUCAUAUUGGUCUCGGGGCUUCUACCAAAUCCACAACUUGAAACCUCUGUGCUCUCCAUAUGCCUGGACACCAUAGCUACACUUUCUUCAGUACCAAAUGGAUUAGCUGCUGCAGCAAGCACGAGAAUAUCCAACGAAUUAGGAGCCGGGCAACCAGAAGGAGCUCGUGCUUCUGUGAUUGCUCUGAUGUUUCUUGCAGCCAUUGAUGCAAUAGUGGCAAGUGCAAGCCUCUUUGCUAGCCGACAAGUUUUUGGCUACAUUUUUAGCAGCGACAGAGAGGUUGUGGACUAUGUGACGAGUAUGGCUCCCCUCAUUUGUCUAUCUGUGAUCAUCGACACUCUCCAAGGGACCCUUUCAGGUGUUGCGACGGGCUGUGGGUGGCAGCAUAUCGGGGCAUACAUUAAUCUUUCUGCGUUUUAUCUUUUUGGGGUUCCAAUUGCGGCCGUAUUAGGUUUCUACUUAAAUUUUACAGCAAAAGGUCUGUGGGCAGGGAUACUUUGUGGCGCAACACUGCAAACAAUUAUGCUCUCCGCCUUGACUUUCUGCACAAAUUGGGAAAAACAGGCGGUCAAGGCAAGGGAGAGGUUAUUUGAAUUUGUUGAGUAA